CGAAAAAUUAUGAAAUUUUUACAUAAUAUUAUAUGACAUUUUUAUUUUAAAUUUUACAGGAAAAAUAUAGUCAGAUCUCUAUUUUGGUAACUUUUUUUUUAAUUAACAAAAAACUUUUUCGAAUUCAGCUUGUAAUUUAACCAUCUUUAUGUGUAUUUAUUACACCUGACAUUUCUAUGAGAUUACAUUAAAUACACCUUUUUUCAAAUAAAAGAUCAAUUUUUUAAAUCGGUUCACAUGAUAGAGAAUUGUCCUCAAAAAACCCACAUACCUACGUGCAUUACAUCGCGCAAAUUAGUUACACAAGUUACCAAUAGAUGGCGCUGUACCCAACUAUAAUUAGUAUAGGUACUUCUGAUCAAAAGUCUUUCGCCUUCAUAGUUACACGAGAUAAUUCAAAAUCUGUACGGAACCCUCGGUGCGCGAGUAAAACGAACUUAAACACCAAUUUACCACUCUUUGCCGCCCAUUAUAAUAUUUGAUGUAUACCUAUUUGUUUCGGCAUGUCUUGAUGAAAUAGUAGAAAUACUCUAACGGUAGAAAUAGUAUAGGUAAUUUCGGGAAUUGCCACAAUCAAUCCGGCCAACACACGGCGCACCACGCUAUCCCCAAAUUAAGGGCUUUGUCGUAUUAGUUGGAUUCCUCAUAUUAUUUGUUAUUUUCUUUUAAAAAUAAGUAGAAACGACUUUGGUUUUAAUGUUGUUACAUACUUAUUUAAAAAGUUAUGUAUUUAAAUUACAUGUAAGUCUUGGAGUUAUUGUUUAUUUUGAAUACCUCCGAGUCUGACAAACUUUGCGCAAACUUAAAAAUAAAAAUAAAAAAUAAAAAUCGUUUAUUAAAAGAAAGAAGAUAAAAUUACAUAACUAGCUCAGUGGUCCCACACUAGGCUAGGCCUGUAUCGUGGUGACCGCUCUACAGAAUUACUACAUACAUUUUUGGGGUAUCCUCUAAACUAAAAUACAAUCUGCAGAAUGGUGUGCAGAAUUAAAUACAUGCAAAGAGAAAACUAACUAAUACUACCUAUAUUACAUUUACAGUUUUGAGUAAAAAUUAACCAUAUCAGAAAUAAAAAUCAUGAUGUGUGUGUGUGUGUGUGUGUACGUGUGUGUGUGUGUGUGAGUGAAUAUGAUGUGAUGAUUUUGUGAGUAACUACAACUACUACUAACUUGGCAGCAAGAAUGCAUACAUAUCGAGUAUACUUGACAUAUCACUUUCUGUUUAUAUAUAUAUAUAUAUAUAAAUACAGCCACGUCACUAACAGUUUGGAGGCAAAUAACAGAUUAACAGAACUUCACGUUUCUUUAAUACCUUUGGAUGUUAAGACUUACAAUUAAGGGAACAAAUUAAAUUACACAUUUUUCAACACACUUGCUCAUAAUGACGUUUUUAUUCCACCGUUUUUUGCCUUAUAAUCCUAGAUAUUAAACACACGUGCUUUUUCAAUAUAUUAUAACACUCGUGCUUUUUCAUUAAAUUAUACGACUGAGUUAAGAAGGUAACUGAUUGCUAAUAAUAUGCAUGGAAACGGAGCCUUCUUAAUGUGGUAGAGUAAUCCAUUUUUUUAACCAACUAUUCAAUAAACUGGUGAAUAAGUGCCUACAAGCCCAGCACGCUUUGGUGCAGUUAUUCGAUAUUAAAACUAUAAGCCACCAUUUUGAAAAUUGUAGGUACUUUUCCUGUUUUGACAAAAUAAAUCUAAUUUAAGUAUAAGUUUUAUUUUUUCCUCGCAAGUGUGUUGAAAAACGUCGCAUGAAACGCGUGUGCAUUGGUCAUUACCCACAUCGGCUUCCUUAUUGCGCGCUCGCUUACAGCUCGCGCGCACAAUAUCGCCUCAUGUGUAAUGAUCAACUUAGCACACUUGUAUCAUAAUGUACUAUUAUACAAUAUCUUGAUUUGUGUUUUUUUUUCAUUAUUAGGGGAUUUACUGAUGUCGAAAAAUUGCAAGAGGCCACCUUCUUUACGUAAUGAACGAGUUGAUGAACUCGUUCCUUUGUUUAGUGGCUUAUUAUAGCCUCUGUGACAACCAACCUCUGAGACAACCAUACCCGGCCUUCCCCUAAGUAUACGAUCUAUAGUUUCGCCGGGGUCUGUCUCAUUCAUUCAUAUUAGGUAGAGAGAAUCAUAGUACUGUCUUUGUUUUACGCUAGUACUAGCACCCAAAAAAGGGAUGACUAUAGUUUUUCGAACAAAAACGUCACUAUUGGUAAAUGGCCGUUGACCGUUGGUGUCAAUGAAGCAAAAGCGACAGAUACUCGUUACUGUUCUAAACCGAGAAAACGGAAUUUACUCACCAAAAGUAGAAUUUAAAGCUCGACCAGAAAUAUAUGAUCAUUGUCAAGAGGGCGCUGUUAUUUUCAUGUAACAGUUCAGUUUAGUAUGAAAAAUGUAGUUCCAAUGAAAUUCCGCAAUAUGGCGCGUGAUCAUAUAUUACUGGUGAGGCUUUAUAUACUUGUCAUACUUAAGCUUGAUUACUACACACUUAACUAUUCCCUGUACCCAUACAAUCUAAUUACUUUAAGUGGUAAUUCCAUAAAAAACUGAUCACUCAUGAUUCGCUUAGUUCACAGUUACUAGGCGGGUGAUGGAUGCAGCGCAUAUAAAAGUUUCAGGCUAACUAUUUUGUUUUUUUUACUGUGCACAGAGAGGUCGUUGAAAUUCCAUUAAUCUGAGUAGAAAAGUGACGGGACGGUCUCAAAGCGGCCCUGAAUUUGAUCAACGUCAGAGUGGCCGGACCAUAUAUAUAUAUAUAUAUAUAUUUAUUUAUUUAUUUCAGCACGUUAUUAAAUCGUAUUCAUAUCUAAUAUGAAUAAAGUAUCUUGCCAAAAAGAAAAAAAUAACACAACUUAAGUGGCCAGCCAGGCUGACAUCAGUUUGACGUAUGGAACAAAUCUAGUAAUGCCUAAUUAAAUUAUAUUGUAAGUAGUGUAUGUUUUCGUAAAGAUUAAGUGUUGAAUUAGUAAUUAAUUCUACCCAUAUUUCAAAUGUACGUUACUUAAGCCACUGAUAUUAUAGCUCUGCAAGCCUCAGCAAGCGCCAAUAUUCAGCAGUUUCGUAAGCGCCUAAACAAGACCACCUGUGAUCAGAAAUAAGCUCUUACAGGGGACUCGGCACACGCACAACAAAUGAGCUGAAGUGCACGUUACGGGGUUAUUGCAACUGUUAUCCACGUUUCACUCGUAGCGGUCUUUGUGCAGGACUAGUGAAUGAAAGGCGAGAGUCGGAAAUUUCCAGAUUCAGGACUAAUCUUGUAUAGGAAACGGGAAACACACACUAGCCAGGGCAGAAUAAUGUCUUAGGCUAAAGUUAAUACUCGGUUCCACAGUAGUCCACAGUGACGCACAGUUUUGGAAAUUUCUUAGCUUUCGUAAAUUUUUAUCGAUCCUAACGAUAACCGUUCUCCAUUUUUCUUUCAGUUCUAUAUAAAAAAAUGGAAUAGGUACGUUUUGUUUGUUACAUAGACUUACUACGUAUUUAGAAUAUGUACUACAUUGCUAAUCUUACAUGGUACUAAAUUAAUUUUUAGUCAAGCAGAAACGUCUACGUACGAUACUAUAAGGCUUAGAAACUAAUUAAGAGUGGAAAAAUUUACUCUAGCGAUCCGGUGGUCGUGGGUUCAAGUCCCAUCCAUGAUAGUGAAUUUUUCCAGUUUCAAGUAAUUUGUUUUUAAGUUUACAUAGUACUACUAUCCUAAUGCUCACAAAGUUCGGUUCCUUAUGCGGUUGCUCUCGGUCUGCGGGUCGGUCUUUUGAUAUGUACCUUACGAGUAUUAUGAACACAUUGACUCCUGCCCCUUUUAUCAUUUUAUUCUUAAAGAUAAUUAAGGCUAAUUACAUUUACAAGAAUUAUGAAUAUGGUUGAGAAGUCCAUUCCAAUCUUCUUCUUCUUCAACCUAGCGUUUUCCCGGCCUAGCGCCAGGGGCUGAAUUCCUACACAAUCUUCUCCACUUUGCCCGGUCUGCAGCAUCCUCAGGUGUGAGAUUGUUCUCUUCCAUGUCCGCUAUCACGACGUCCAGCCAGCGCUUCUUAGGCCUCCCGUGGACGUUCCAAUAAUCAUUUAAAUAAUUCAAAAGUAAAUUAUAUAAAAAAAUGUAGUCGUAAUUAUGUAGGCAGUAUACAUAUUAAUAUAAAGUGUUAUUAAAUGGACCUGACUGUACUCACUCCCUGACCUGGCUGUCUGUGUGUGUCUGACGUAGGUAGUUGGAAAUUCAUUGACUGUACAUUUUACUCGUAUCUAAUCUGAGGUAGCACUCUAACGUAAUCCGUGCAUUUAUCCCUACAUUGACGGCCUGGCGCUUAUCGCCGGACGUAGGCAAUUAAAAGGUCGACUGCCUUCGUCUCGACUGCACCGCGACGGUCUAGCGACCGGAAGCGGCUCGCACCAAAUAGCGGCAUCGAUCGCCAAAAAACUAACCCACAUACGCACUGGCAGCGUAGCCGGAAUUAUUAAUCGCAAAGGGAGUAGGAGGGUGGUGUGAGCGAGGGCGGUGUGGUCGGGCGGCUGGCGCGCACGCGCGGGCGGCUGGCGGGCACUCCGCGAGGAAGGCUCGCGCGCUCCGCCCGCGUUCCGGCCGCGAUGCGCGAGUCCCCGGGCCCGCGGCCGCGCCGGCACGCGCCGCGCUAACAGCACCCAUGCAGUGGCGAAAACUUACCAGGUUGAAGUCUUCGCCGGGCGGACAGUCGCGCGCUCGGAGGAUGCUCUGCUGCGGCCGCAGGAAGGAGAACGGCCGCGCGGCGCCGGACCUGACGGCGUCGCCGGGCCGCGCGCCGCCCGGCCCGCCGCAGCCGCCGCGCGCCAACCAUGCGCCGCCCUGCGUGCUGCAGCCCGAUUUUAGAAAGGUCUCGGGGGUUAGCAAUGAGAUAUUCAGGCAAAUUGAGAUGGUCGAGAACGACCACGACGCGACCACGGCCGCGGCGCUCGAGGCGGUGGAGCGCCGCGGCGAGAUGAUCGUUCGGAUACUGGAGAUACGACAAGUUGGCCGGAACAAUAUUGAAGCCGCCAAGAAAUUCUUCUCGCUACAGGAUGCCCGCCAUAUAGUCCAACUAGUGGAAAUAGUGAAGCGGCCAGGCCAAACCUUGGGUCUAUACAUAAGAGAGGGCGACGGAGGCACGCGGACAGACGGCGUGUUCAUCUCGCGGAUAGCUCUCGAGUCGGCCGUGUACAACAGCGGCUGUCUCAAGGUCGGGGAUGAGAUCCUCGCGGUCAACCUCGUCGAUGUGAGGCGGAUGUCGCUGGAUGACGUGGUCAUCAUCAUGUCGAUACCGAGGCGGUUGCUGCUCUGUACGAGGCAGAGGAAAGGUAAAUCAGGGCCAGGCUCGCCGUCUCUGCCUCGUUCGGAGCACAAACCGCCACCGGUGGUCGUCCUCAAGCGGGACUGCCGGGACGACGACGACAGGGACCGGGACCGAGACCGGGACCGAGUCGAUGGGCUUUACUCGCAGUCCUACAGCCACGGCACGUUGCGCUCGGCGGUGGGUCCGGGCGGUGGCGUGAGGCCGGUGGGUGACGGGCGCGAGGAGCGCAGUCGACUCCAACUAGGCGCUCUCUCGCCGGACUCAAACGCACUGGACUUGUACUACAACUCGCGACCGCCUUCUGAUCAUUCCACGUGGAGCUAUCGCCCGCCACCACCAGUAAUCACGGAACAACCUAAGUCCGCUGCAACGCAUUUCGUGCCGUACGAGCGGUCGUAUCCAAAUACCUUGGAAAGUCUCGCUGAGAAGGUGCAUUCAUACUAUCCAUCUGAUAGUGGAAGCUCGCGUUUUAAUCCACGAGUUCCAAGAUCUGGUUCAGAACAACAGUUACCUAGAGCCGAAACUCACUCUGAUUUUGGUCGGCAUUCGUUGCUAAGGUCUAGUUUAAAGGCUUCUGCCGCUACUGGUGCUUCAAGUUUAUCAAGAUAUAAUCAAAGAUAUGGAGUUGGAAUGGGAGCGUCAGGUUUACCAGGCAGUGGCGUGACUGGCAGUGGUUUAACUAGUUCCGGUUAUGGAGGCCCUGGGCUUCCCUCUGGUUUAUCCACCACUGGCCUUAGUGGGUUAACCGGGUCAAGCCUAGUAGGAUCUGGCCUAACGAGUUCCGGCCUUGGUGGAGGCUUGACGGGAUCCGGUUUGGGCACUCUUGGAGGGACUUAUGGGACGACUGGCUUAGGAUUACCGUCGUAUAGCACGAAGUUUGGAACGAGCAGAAGGAACAGAAGUUUGGAUUAUUCGUCGGACACAGAGGCGACCGCUCCCACUCGAACGCCAUAUUAUUCUGGUCUGAGUGGAUAUCGAAGCAGCACGCUGGGAAGAGAUAUUAGUUCGAAGUUCAAUUCAUUACCAAGGGACGUCAGGAACACGGGUCAGAGGUUAGGGCUAUCGAGGCGCGCAGGAAGCGUACUUCAAGAUGAACCGGAACCAUUGUCUUCACGUUUAGAUCUACGUUCUUCCAGAGGUCGUUUAACAUCUUCGCCGUCAGUGUUCACGUCGGACGAAUACCGCGCGUGGCUGUCGCGCGCGCCCUCCACCAGCGCGCUCUACGAGACGCUGCGCCCGCGCCUGCCCACGCACUACUCCGCUGAGAACAUACACGACGCGCUUAAAAAUAUGGAAAGCGGCAGUCGUUUCGGGUCUUCCCUUGGCUUGGCAAACCGGCGCGUAGAGCGGCCGCGGCACCUCCCCGCGCGCUCGCUCUCGUCCCAGCAGCUCGGCCCGACGGCCGGUGGCUCGCCGUCGGCGCGCCGCGUGCGGCAGCUGCUGGAGCUGGGCUCCAGGUUCAACUGCCCGAACCCCAGCCCCGUGCCGACGCCCGGCUCGAGACAUCAUCGCCAUCUAGAUAUAAAUCCCAAUGAGUUCCUAAAAUACAAAGUGGAGAAGCCAGGCUCGGGCGGCCUGUCGGCCUCCAUGACCGGUCUAUCUCGCUUAUCGGGCGGUGUGUCGGGCAUGCUGUGGGUGCACCUGCUGGCUGGCCGGAACCUGCGGCCGGCGCCCACGGGCUCUUCGCCCGGCUCGCCGCCGUCGGGGCCGCUAGCGCCCGCUCAGCCUCCCGUGGCGCCCAGGGACCUGUAUUGCGUGCUUGAGUGUGAUCGAGUGCAUAAAGCGAGGACAGUGGUCCGUACAGGGGAGCUUCAGUUUGACUGGGACGAGUCCUUCGAGUUAGAGCUAGUGGACAACCGGCAGUUGGACGUGCUGGUGUACUCGUGGGAUCCGCAGCAUCGGCACAAGCUUUGCUACCGCGGUGCCGUGACGCUGCCCGAUCUAUUGGCUAGGUCACCUAAUCAUCAGUUGGCCAUUAAGAUGGAGCCCCGCGGCACGCUAUACGUGCGCGUCCGUCACACGGAACCUCACGAGCUGUUCCGACGACGGCCGGCUGCCCCACGCCUCUCUCCUCCGCCACUGUUUGGAGCUGAGCUCGACGCAGUGGUGGCGCGGGAGGUGCGGCCAGCACACGCGCCGCCAGUGCCGCUCAUCGUACGACGUUGCGUUGAGGAGAUUGAGCGGAGAGGGUUGGAUAUCAUAGGCCUUUAUCGAUUAUGUGGGUCAGCCAACAAGAAGCGCAUUCUACGUGAGUCGUUUGAGAGGAACGCGCGCGGAGUAGAGUUGGCACCAGACUCGGUACCCGACAUCAACGUCAUCACAGGCCUGCUCAAGGAUUACCUGCGGGAGCUGCCGCAGCCGCUGUUUAGCCGGUGUUUGUACCAGAUGACACUGGAUGCGCUAGGAGUAUGUCUUCCGGACGACCGUGAAGGCAACGCUCGUCUGAUGGCCUCGAUAGUAGAAUGCCUGCCCCGCGCCGCGCGCGCCACCUUGGUCUUCCUACUCGACCACUUGGCGUUAGUCGUGGCAGCUCAGGACCGAAACAAAAUGUCGCCCCAGCAUUUAGCGGUGGCCUUGGCACCCCCAUUAAUGCUGCACUCUCAACCACCUACGGACCUGGACUACCAGAGACCGAUUCAUGUCCUUCAAUGUCUCCUUCAAAUAUGGCCUGCGCCUAAACGUUCAGUUCGGCGCGGCGAGCCAGCAACCGGGCUGCGUGGAAACAGAGUCAGUGCGUCGCAAGCGGCCUCACUCAUCCUCCCCCAAGGCCGAGUUCCGCCCUCAGUCAGUCCAUAUCGGCCUCAAGCGGCAGCAUCAGCAGCAUCUCCGCCGCCAGCUCUCUCGGCUCGGCCCGCGCCCGACCGCUCGCCGCCCGCACAUGUUCUCUCAUCAGUCAGGGCCGGCCAAUAUCGUCCGCAGUCGCCUCUCCGCGGGCCUCUGCCCGCUCCGCCUCGCUCCCGUCAGGUGACGGUCUCCUCUCCCGGUUCGCCCAGCAGUAGCUCCGGCAGCCACAGCCCGGCGGAUACAAUUAAACACGGUGGCUCCGUGUCCUCAAUCUUACGGCAGCCUGACCGAGCCUCCUCUCCGAGAGCCUCCCCGAGGAACUCGCCCCGGGCCUCUCCUCGGGAUUCACCUCGGACGAGUACGCCCAGGGAUGGCACGCCUAGAGAAAGUACUCCCCGGGACUUGACCCCGCGAGAUCUGACGCCAGGUCGCGAGUCAGGCUCCCGGGAUUCGCCGCGGUUCGCCAUCCCGGGCACGUCGGCGGGGCUAGCUGUGACCCUGAACUCAGGUGGUGGCGGCGGCGGCGCGCUGAGCCCGCGUUACUGCAGCGCCACCAACCCGUUCCUGCAGCAGUACGACGCGGAGGAGGAGGCGGAGGCAUGGCGCGCCACUGACAUCUUCUCCCCUCCCUCAUCCACGCACACAUAGUGCUCAUAGCGAAUUGAGAUUUUCUAGUCAAUUUUUUUAUCGAAUCGAAAGAGUGCUACGAUUCUGCUGUAUAUUAUGUUAUUUGACGAGCGUGGUGCGCGUUCGUAAUGUUUGUUAUAUAUAGAGCGAGUUACGAUGUAUAUUAUUGUGAGAAUGUACACUGACGCGCGAGGCACCCGCCUCGCCGGCCGCCGACGCUCCGCCCCGUAGCCUCUAUAGUGUUUAUCGUAUUGUAAUGUACAUUGUAUAUAAUUAUAUACGUAUAUGUAGGUACGCUCCAGUUUUGUACCCUUCGGUCGGAUCUGCGGCGGGCGGCCCGAGGCGCUACACACAUCAUCCCACAUAUCAGGCGCUUGUGCGCGCUUUCGGCGCGAGCUUUACGAACAUUCCUAACGAACUCAUUUAAACGUCAUUAAUAAGAAGUGACUGUCUCACGGCGUCGAAAGAACGCACAAGCCAGUAGCUCGAGUAGGGAGAGAGUAUCAUAGAGAUCAGACGUACGGACUGUCUUGAGACUGAGACCAUAUCAGAGUAGUUAGGGGCUGCGAGCCACAGGUGGGGACCCCUCGGAGAAUGAGCGAUCGACUUAUAGAAUAAAGUUUGAAUUUUUGCUAUAUUCAGUUACCCGAUGCAGAGUUUAAUCAUAAAGCCAAACAUUAAAAUUAAUAAUUAUCUACUCAAAUAUUGACAAGUAACAAUAAAGUUUUAAUAUAAUAGUGUUAAGAAAACAUUUACACAAAUCGCUAUUUCUGCGAGGGAAUGGGUAUAAAUUAGGUUGAGUUCGGUCGCAAUCUCAAGAUCAGAGGAGCUAUGUUUAAAUUCCGAAGUCACGACCACGAUCCAUGACCUUGAGAGGUUUUCGUCCAAUCUAGAACAAUCUAGAAUCUAAUGGCCACUGCCAGUUUUACAAGCUGGGUAUGGAUAUCGAUGUUUCGGUAUUUAAAAAUAGAAUCUCAGUUCAAUUAUAUUACAGGAGCGUCUGCUAGACAUAUAAGAGUGGGAGAAAUCGACCAAUGACUGCACUGAUUCAGUAAUCAUCACUGCCAUGAUUGGUCCAUUUUUGAUAGAAAUCAUAAUAUUGUAUACACUUGUUUAUAUGUCUGUCGGAAGCUACAUGGUUACCAGACACUUUUGAGCAACACUUCAAGACAAAAUUUUGUUGUUGAUAACUGUUUUAUAAACCAUUUGCACAAAUAACACGACUGAUAUGGGACACAAAAACGUUUUGAUACUUGUUUUUUUACCUGCCCCUCGUUUAUAAUGAUACGUUACUUUGGAACCUCGCUUAUAAUAAUAAUGAUAAUGUAGCUCUUACAUAUUCGUCCACGAAUUUCAAUCGGUAAGGAUGGGGUUACAUGAUUUAAUAGGUACACUAAAACACGGUGGGAACCUAGUUUUGUUUAAAGCGAAUAUGUACCUAUCUGAUGUAAGUAGGAUCAGUAUUCUCAUGGCCUUAUUAUCAGGUCAAUCAGUAUCACUUGUUGCAAUGAUGUGCAAAACAGCAGUUUAGAAAAACAUAAAAAAAUAAUUCUAAUAUUGUCAAUUGAUUGAUGUUAUAGUGAAAUAUAUUUAAGUAGAUCAUAUUUUUACCUCAUCGUAUUACAACUUCUUUGUAAUUCUGGCCUCAUCCUUAAUAUUCUGACGUGAACUAUCAGGGUUUCUUGGUGAUAGAGUAUUCAAGGAAGAUUGUAGUACUAGCAUCCAAUGCUUAAGGGAACCGAUUCAAUUGAUUUGCAUAUUAAGUACUGCCUACCUACUAGCAGUGCCUAGUCGCUUAAUGACAGACUAUAUAAUCGGUAAAUAGUAUUUAUAAGGGGAAGUCUGAGGUUAUGUGUAUAGGGGUGCUCGUUUGUAGAUGAUGGCUUUAUACUUUUGACUGAAAAAAAUGUCAAACUGUCUGUCAUUGUCCUGCCAUAGCCUUCACCUCUGUGUAUGUAUCCUCAAAUAAAUGACAUAAUGAAGUCAAUCAGCAACGUUUAAAAAUUCCUGGGGCUUUUUUAUGCAACAACGUUAAUAUGAGAUUCGUGCACGGAAUAAACUACUACAAUAAUAUUAAAUAUGGUACGAGUAAUAUUACCAAUGUUUAUCUAUCUCUGUAUACUGUAGACAUGAUUGUAAAUAACUUUAAAGCAGUCAUAUUUAAUCUUUGUACGUCGGUAUAUUUUGUUGGAUAUUGGACGUGGUAUUGCAAUUUAUAUUAGACUUGUUGAAUAUGCAAAUGACUCAAGUCAGGUAUUUCAUUACGUACUUAAACUGUAACAAUGAUCAUGUUUAACAGUUAAAAGUUUAUAAUUGAUAUUUUUCUGAUACCUAAUUAGUCGGUAGCGCUUUUUUCGAUCAAUUGUUUUAUUAAAGAAUAACCUUUUUCUGCUAAAAAUACAAUAGCCUAUUUUACAUAUAGAAUUCAUGAUAAAGUGGGCUUAUGAAAUAAAUAAUAGAUAAUAACCAAUGCUCGUGCAAACAUGUGUCCAACGUCCACCAACACGCACUGAUGAAUAACUAUACGAUAAACGUAGCUUUAACAUUUGUGAUUGGCUUGAAGUGUCGCUCGACAGACCGUAGCCGGCCGUUGCGGCGGCAGUAGUGUGUAGUGACUACGGCGCACAGCUUCAGUUGGCUUCAGAGCGGCGGUCGCUUUGAGAGCAACUACCAGAUAACUUUAUGACACUAGUUGUAGUUCAAAAGGUUAGCUUAUAUUACAAUUCUAGCGCUAUAGUUUACGUUCCGCUUGUAAAAUCGUUUCUGCGCAGCAUUGUAGCAACGGGAAACAGGCGAUUUUACUGUCAAAUUCCUUGAUAAGUUGUGCUGCAGUCGUUGCGGCAUUACUGUUGAGAUUGAAACCUUAAACUGCUAACUCAUUUUAAAACAGAUAGACAGGUGAUAUGGCCAGGUUAUUGUUGUUGUAAAGCUGCGCAGCAAGGCUUUCACAUCCGGAAUACUGGGUGUGGCCAGUAACAUGAGAAAAAAAUUGAACCGUAGGCUGUACACCUCAAACUGACCAACGUUUGUUCAGUGACUUUUAAAAAUAACUUCUAUUUGUUUAAUAGCAUACUUUAAAGUUUAUUCUAAGACGCAAUGUAUAGCAAAUUUUGUUAAGUUUAAAGCGUGACAAGUGACGUCAAUUACGCAGAUGACAGUGUACAUUAAAGAUAAUAUUUAAUUUGUAUGAAAAAUAGUAAGUCUAAAAUCUUCAUAAUUUUUGAACGUCGUUGAAUAAAUGUUGGUCAGUUAGAGAAGUACAAUCUACAGUUUAAUUUUUUGCUCAUGUAACAGGCCACACCCGGUAUAACUUUAAAGCAGGACAAUUUGUAAGGGACUCGCGAAUACACCUUUUUUUUAAUAAAUCAUAGCAUCUGUCUUUAUGGUCGCUGUCAUCGUCGCAUAUCUAAUCAUUAGGGUAUAGCGGGUGGAGGUAAGCAGAACAAUCUCAUAUGGGAGAACUAUUGCAAAAGUGUCCAGCUGGCAGCUGUAAAUAAAAGUUUAAAAUCUCUCCGGUGGCGCUAGGGCAGCACAACGAGAUGACAUGAACUUAGACAUUAUUGACGGAUUGAAGUGCGCUGUCAGUGAUUCGAAAUGUUUUAUCAAAUUCAAAAACUUGGUCAUGAUGUAUUGUGACGCCACCUAUUUAAAGUUUUUUUAUGGACACUUUGUACACAUAGAUUGUUCUCUUUACCUCUACCCUCCAUACGUUAGGGGCGUCGUAAUGUUAGGGGAGCGCAAGAGGGGAUUUUUGUAGUUACUUGAGAUAUCUUGCUACCAUUGGCAAAUUAAAAGGCUUUUAUGAAUGAAUGUAAGUGACAAAAAAUAAAUUUAACAUAGGCUCUGUUAUUAUAUUUCAUGCGUACCUAUACUAAAAUGAUAGUUGGAUUUAAAAAAAAUUGUUAAUUAUUUAACAGGUUUUGUAGCAAAAUGACAGUUUGGUUGGAAACAUUUAUUAACCGUACUGUCAUUUUAGUAUUUAGGAUAAAAAAACAGAGUUUAGUUAUUACAAAAUAUUUGGCCAUAACUGGUGUAAAUAUAAAUAUUGGUUAUUUAUCAUAGGCGUUCUACGGAAUUAACCUUUUGAACUAUUAUUACGUGUUUAACUAUAUAUUAGAAUAAUUCUUAAAGUGACAUUCUUAUGCUAUUAUACUUUAUCACCUGAAAGUAAAGGAGUUGAAGUCAAUUUGUAUAGGGUUGGUAAAGCAAUAUUUUUAAAUGAACUACAUAUUCAAACAGCCUAGCUCGACGUUUUUUUUUUAAUUAUUUGGAUAAAAAAUAAAUUAUGGAACAAAUUUCUACAUAACAGUGCCACAAAGCCUUAAACACUGAUUUAAAUAAAUGAUUUUACUUGUAUAGUUCAAACAAUAUAAAUAGUAGUAGGUAUAAUAUGAUUUGGGACCGUUGUAAAAAUAACGAGUGUAAUAAGAAAUGUAACUAUAUUCUGUUCACUGUAAUCUUGAUAAUAUUUUAUAAAAUCAAUCGGAAAACUAAAAAAUGUGAAAGGUAUAGUUUUUAGCCAAAACCACUUUGUUGGUUGCCAAUUGGCGGUAAUUGAAAAUUGCUUCUUAAUAUGAACUACUAACUAACGAAGUGGUUUCACCGCCAAGCAAUAACUGACAACGUGCUCACAAAUAUCUAAACAAGACUCAAUAGUAAAUCUAUUAAGUAGAGUUCUGAUAUUUUUCGACAUAUAUGUUCUAUAGCGGCUGUAGUAUAUACUAGAAGAGACCAUAAAUAAUCAUGUUACCUACUUUGAACGGACUAUAGGUGUUGCAUUAAGAAUGGGUGAUGAAAGUAAACGUUAACUCAUUAAAUCUUUCAAUAAUAUUUAUAGAAAGAAUUAUUAAGUCGUUUUUAAAUAGUGAAAUUUUAUUUGUAAUAUAAUAAAAUAUUUAUAUCAAAUGCAUUGUAGAUAAUCAGUGAUUAUAAAAUGUCUCUCUUAGCGACGACCGCUGUACGUUUGUGUUGCGGGGCCCGCCCCGAUAAUAUCAGUAUUUCGACAUUGGUAAAGUAGCGUUACUACGUGUACUUAAGGUAACGAAACGCCGCUCGUAUCUGUACCGGGCGGCUGGAACACAGACGAAAUAAAUAAUACGACGUUAAA